UCCAUGGCAACAUUCAAACUUUGAGACUUGAGUAUUGUCAAAAAUCACUAAAUCGGUAUGGCGGGGAUGUGGGAAGAUCGAAGAUUUUGACAUUUUCUAACUUUUUCUUUGCGUUUCAGUGUCUUAUGACAUAUACAAUGAAGCGUGUGUUCAGUGUUCCAGAAAGAGUCCAUGGUGGGAGUUUUGUAAAAUAUGAAUGGCAAAAUAAGCAAGGAAAUUUUAUUGCUACAGCUGGAGUGAGCAGAUCGGUAAUUAUCUUUGAUCGUCAUGGAGAGUUAGUGGAUGAAAUCAAUUUACCAGGGUUUUGUACUGGCUUAGCUUGGGAUAAAGAUGGUGACACAUUAGGAAUUAUUCAUGAUAAUAAAUCAGCUAUUAUUUAUCUCUGGGAUGCUAAUGUAAGAAGAAUUACUCAGCUUGAGAGUGGAUUAAGAGAUACUUUGACAUUUCUUUCAUGGUCUAUGGUUGGAAAUUAUCUUGCCAUUGGGUCAAUGAAAGGAAAUCUUCUCAUCUAUAAUCAUCAAACAUCAAGAAAAGUUCCCAUCCUUGGAAAACAUACCAAAAAAAUAAUUUGUGGAGCUUGGAAUUCUCAGAAUUUACUUGCUUUGGGAUCAGAAGAUAAAAUAUUAACAAUCUCUAAUAUUGAUGGUGACACCAUGCGACAGACAUCGUUGAGAUCUGAUCCAUCAAUGAUAUAUUUCUCUGAAAUGAAGACAGAUGAAAGGAUGACUAAUGGAGAUAACACAGUUAGCGUGGUUGUUGGCAAAAAAACUCUAUUACUUUUUAAUAUUCAUGAUCCAGAAAAUCCUAUUGAACUUGCAUUUCAGGCAAAGUACGGCAACAUUGCGUCAUACAGAUGGUUUGGCGAUGGAUACAUCAUGAUAGGUUUUGGUAGCGGGUUUUUCGUUGUGAUUUCCACUCAUUUGAAAGAAAUUGGCCAGGAAUUAUUUCAAACACGUGAUCAUAAAGAUGUCUUGACAGAUAUUGAUAUUUCAUUAGAACUCAAUAAAGUUGCGUCAUGUGGUGAUAACAGUGUUAAGAUUCACGAUCUUACUGAAAUGAAGGACAUUUACUCAAUCAUUACAAUCGAAGAUGCUGGUGGGCCUCUUGAUAAGAUGAAGUGGACAGCGGAUGGACAACUCCUUGCUGUUAGCACAGUGAAAGGUGCAAUUCACGUAUAUUUAACACUGUUACCUAUACUGGGUGAUUCAUAUCUUACACGUCUUGCUUAUUUAACUUCACUCCGAGAGGUUACCAUUAUGGAUGGUGUAAACCAGGAAAGACCAGUUUUGGUGGAUCUGUCAAUUGAGCCAACAUUUAUAGCUCUUGGUCCCUACAAUUUGGUCGUAGGAAUGAAUAAUCGCGCUUGGUUUUAUGUAUUUAAUCAAGCUGUUGAGAUGCUAAAAGAUAGAGAAUAUCUUGGUACCGUUUCAAAGAUGUAUUUGAAUACAGAUUACGCUGCUGUUAUGUUUGACAAUCGUGUUCAACUACAUUUGAUCGAGAAUGAAAGCAUGAAUAGUAGUAAUACUCGUGAGACAAAAUUAUUUCCUGAAAAGAAAACGGAUGGAAACAUUACAUGUGCUGGUUUAACUGGAGACUUUUUAAUUUAUGCCACAGACAAUGGCUCCUUGCACUAUUUUUACAUCGAAGACUGGAAAUUUGUCAACGAAUUUCGUCAUGUUGUUGGUAUUCGUAAGUUGUUUGCUGACCAAACAGGCACAAAAGUUGUAUUCUUGGACGAUAAAAGCGAUGGCUUUGUCUAUUGCCCGGCAAAUGAUUCAAUAUAUGAGAUUCCUGAAUUUUCUCACAGCGUCAAUGGAGUUGUUUGGGAGAGCUACCCUUUUGACAAGGAUAUUUUUUGUGUUUUUGAUGAAGAAAAAAUUUACACAUACGCUUUCUAUCGUGAAACUCUUCAAGGUCCAAGAUGUAGGCUGGUUGAUACAACUAAGCUGCCUUAUGCUCACUAUCCGCUCGUUCUUUACAAUGGUGAACUCACUUGUCAGACACAAAGUGGCAAGACAUUGAAUAUUAGAUUGAGAAGUCACUCGUUUCUAGAUAAACCUCAAGAUGUUCCUGUUGAAGAGCUUUUGGCUUCGUGCAAACAAUGUUUAGCUCUACUGAGGUUUCAUGAAGCUUGGGCAAUCAGUCAAGUCAUCGACAAUCAAGAUACGUGGUUGGAACUUGGAAGACGUGCACUUGAAAAUCUCAAUAUUGAAGUUGCGAUCAGAGUAUUUCAAAAGUUGGAAAAUGUUGGAAUUGUUGUAUCGCUCAAUGAAAUCAAGGAGAUCGAAGACAAAAAUCUUCUCUCUGGCUACGUUGCUAUGCUUAUGGAAAACUAUGAUCUUGCUCAGGAACUCUUUAUGGCUUCCACUAACCCUUUGGCUGCUUUGGAGAUGCGUAGAGAUCUGUUGAAUUGGGACCAAGCUCUGGAGCUUGCCAAGGGCCUUGCUCCCGAUCAAAUACCUUUCAUUUCUCGUGAAUACGCUCAUCAAUUAGAAUUUACUGGUGACUAUGUUAAUGCAUUAAUACACUACGAAAAAGGCAUCACCAAACUUUCAAAGGAUGAAGAACACAAUGAAAUAUGUUUAGGAGGUGUUGCAAGAAUGGCCAUAAGAAUGGGUGAUAUACGUCGUGGUGUAGGUCUUGCAACAAAUAGUUCAAACCAUCAAUUGAAAAAAGAAUGUGCGAGUAUUCUAGAGAGCAUUAAGCAAUACGGAGAGUCUGCGAUCAUGUAUGAAAAGGCUGAAUACUGGGACAAAGCUGCGGCAGUUUAUCUGAAGACUAAGAACUGGAACAAAGUUGGUUCAGUACUUUCAAAAGUUUCAUCGCCUAAAUUGCAUAUCCAAUAUGCUAAAGCCAAAGAAUCUGAUGGUUGCUAUAAAGAAGCGGCUAAAUCGUAUGAAAUUGCUAAAGAUUACGAUAAUGUAAUCAGAAUACAGCUGGAUUUUCUUCGCAAUCCCGAGGAAGCUGUGAGAAUUGUGAGAGAAACGCAAUCUGUUCAAGGAGCAAAAAUGGUUGCUAAGUUUUUUCAAAAUCUUGGCGACUUUAACUCGGCUAUUCAGUUUCUGGUACUAUCAAAAUGCAAUAAUGAAGCUUUCAAAACGGCUCAGGUUCACAAUAAAAUGGAGGAAUAUGCUGAAAUAAUUGGUGACGAUUGUACUCCUGAUGAUUACUCCAGUAUUGCGCUGCAUUUUGAACAAAAGAAGCAACAUUUUCUCGCUGGAAAGUUCUUCUCUAAAGCUGGACAAUAUAGUAAGGCUUUAAAACAUCUAUUGAAAUGUCCUUCGAAUGAGGAGAGUCAAGCAAUCGAAUUAGCCAUUGAAACGGUUGGUCUAGCAAAGGAUGAUGGUUUGAUUCAUCAACUUAUUGAUUACCUUAUGGGUGAAGCAGAUGGAAUACCAAAGGAUGCAAAAUAUGUGUUUCGUAUCUACAUGGCUUUGGAACAAUAUCGUGAAGCGGCAAAAACAGCAAUAAUUAUUGCACGAGAAGAUCAAUCGGCAGGAAACUAUAGAAAUGCUCAUGAUGUUUUAUUUGCUAUGUAUCAGGAACUUCUUCAACACAAGAUCAACAUACCAGCAGAAAUGAAGCAAAAUUUGAUGAUUCUUCACAGUUAUAUUUUAGUCAAGGUUCAUGUGAAACGCGGUGAUCAUUUGAAAGGCGCUCGAAUGUUGAUUCGUGUUUCAAAUAAUAUCAGCAAGUUUCCAACUCACAUUGUUCCAAUCUUGACAUCCACUGUGAUUGAAUGUCAUCGUGCCUCAUUAAGAAACUCGUCAUUCAGUUAUGCAGCCAUGUUAAUGAGACCAGAGUAUAGAAAAGAAGUUGACUUGAAAUAUAAGAAAAAAAUUGAACAAAUUGUCAGAAAACCUGACAAAACAGAAGAGGAAGAGGAAAGGGAUGCUUGUCCAUAUUGUGAAUACCUACUUCCACAAACUAAACUUGAUUGUCCAGAAUGUAAAAACAACAUUCCAUACUGUAUAAUUACGGGGAGACAUAUGUUGAAAGAUGAUUGGUCUGUAUGUCCAAAAUGCAACUUUCCUGCAUUAUAUUCUGAGUUAAAAAGUUUUCUAGAAGGUGGCGAAGGAAUGUGUCCUAUGUGCACUGAGAAAAUAUCCUUUAAUGAUAUAAAAUUGAUCAAAAAUAUUAACUCCUUUUUGAGAUCUGAGGAUUCUGAGGCUUGAAACAAAGCUUCACAACUAACUUUAGAUAUUAAUUUCAAAUUUAUUUAUUUUAUAAAUAACACAUGCUUAUUUCAUUGCUCGAUGUUUGUACAUAUGUUAAAUGUAAAUAGUGUCGACAUUAUGAUAACAUGAUAUAAAGUAUUAUUAUGUUAAAAGACCAAAGGAUAAAAAUAAAGAUACAAUAAAAGUGGCAGUGCA